UUCAUAUUUUGAUUUAGAAAACAUCACAUUUUAUGUGCACUUUCUUUUUGGAAUUGCACACUACAUGUUUGAUAAAUUGCCUGAAAGAAAUUUAAAUCUUUUUUGAGUCUUUUUCAAUGGGGGGAAGUGAUGGAAAUGAUGAGGAGAAAAAUGAUGAUAAUAAAGAGGAGAAAAGCUGCGGUAAUAUGUUGCGGAAUACUGCGUCGAAUAUAAGGAGGUUGGUUGAUGAAAUACAACAAUGUGAAGGGAGAAAGAAGUAUCUUGCACAAACCAAAAGCCCGUCAGAUGGAGGCGAUGUUCGUUGGUACUUUCGUAAGGUUCCAAUGGAGAAAAAUGAGGUAGCUGCCGCUGUCCCACGUUCAGAGUCAGUAGAGAAGAGUGAUUAUUUCCGAUUUGGUAUGAGAGAUUCUCUUGCAAUAGAGGCAUCAUUCUUGCAGCAAGAAGAGGAACUGCUUUCUAUUUGGUGGAAAGAAUUCGCUGAAUGUAGUGAAGGUCCAAAAGGGUCUCCUGCUUCGAUUUCCAAUUCAGAUCCACUGCUAAAACCGUUUUCUUCAGAGAAUUCUCGAACUGGAAAACCUUCCUCAGAUGAGGAUGAGAGAGUCGGUGUCCCUGUAAAAGGCGGUUUGUAUGAGGUAGACUUGGUAAGGAGACAUUGUUUCCCUGUUUAUUGGGAUGGAGAUAAUCGUCGUGUUUUGAGAGGUCAUUGGUUUGUUCGUAAAGGGAGUCUUGAUUGGCUUCCACUCCGUGAGGAUGUAUCUGAACAGUUGGAGUAUGCUUAUCACGGGAGGGUCUGGCGUCGCAGAACAUUUCAACCAUCUGGACAAUUUGCGGCCCGAGUUGAUAUACAAGGGUCUAGUCAGGGAUUGUAUGCUCUUUUUACUGGAGAGGAUGACACAUGGGAGGCUUGGUUAAAUGUUGAUGCAAGAUUCUCUAAUCUCGUUAAGUUAGGUGGGGCCAGCAUUAAGUUAAGGCGUGGUUAUGCUCCAUCUCAUUCUUCAAAGCCAACCCAGGACGAGUUACGUCAACAGAAGGAGGAAGAUAUGGAUGAUUACUGGUCCCAGGUUCCAGUUGGGCAUCUAGUUUUCAUGGUUCAUGGCAUUGGUCAAAGGUUGCAGAAAGCCAAUUUAGUUGAUGAUGUUGGCAUUUUCCGCCAUGUUACCUCUAUCCUUUCUGAAGAACACCUCACUUCGUAUCAGCGUAGAACUCAAAGAGUCCUCUUCAUUCCAUGCCAGUGGAGGAAAAAUUUAAAGCUUAGUGGUGAAUCUGCCGUAGAAAAAUGUACAUUACCUGGUGUACGUGGGUUGCGGGUCACGUUAAGUGCAACGGUUCACGAUGUCUUAUACUACAUGAGCCCUAUCUACUGCCAGGAUAUUAUUGACUCGGUAUCCAAUCAGUUAAAUAAGCUAUAUUUAAAGUUCCUCAAGAGGAAUCCUGGUUAUGAUGGAAAGGUUUCUUUAUAUGGUCAUUCUUUAGGAAGUGUCCUCUCUUAUGACAUCCUUUGUCACCAAGAGACUUUGACUUCCCCAUUUCCCAUGGAAUGGAUUUACAAGGAUAAGAUUAAGUAUGAAAGUUCUACACCAAAUGACAUGAAAUCAUCUACCUCUUCUAAUUCACUCAUCAACGAUUUUAAUACGAUUGUGGAUCAUGGGACUGACAACAGUCCAAGUAAAAUGCUGACUAACAAGAACGAUGGUGUAGAUGAGUGCACAGAAGUGGAUAGUGAGGUUUUAACCAGUAGCUCUAAUCAAGUUGAUGAGGAUGUUUGUCAGCAGGAUGAAAAUACAACAAUUGAAUCACUGAGGGAAGAGAUUAACCUUUUAAAUGCCAGAAUCAAAGAAUUAGAAGCACACAAAGAUCAAGGGGAUAAGGACGAAGAUCUAAAAUCAAAAGAUGAAAACAUGUCUCAAGGCUCUUCAUCUUGCAAAAAUGACACACUGAAGAGUUACACGCCUCUGAUCAAAUAUACAAGAUUGGAAUUUAAGGUGGAUACAUUCUUUGCAGUUGGGUCUCCUCUUGGUGUGUUUCUUUCCCUUCGCAAUAUCCGUAUUGGAAUUGGAAAAGGAAAAGACUACUGGAACAAUGAAAAUAUUAUUGAAGAGAUGCCAUCUUGCCGUCAGAUGUUUAACAUAUUUCAUCCUUUUGAUCCAGUCGCAUAUAGAGUAGAACCACUUGUUUGUAAAGAAUAUGUCAAAGAACGCCCGGUCAUUAUUCCCUAUCAUAAAGGUGGCAAGAGGCUGCAUAUCGGAUUUCAGGAAUUUGUAGAAGAUGUUGCAUCAAGUUCUCAGGUGGUAAUGGGUCACAUGAGCUCAGUUAAGGGCAAAGUAUUGGCACUAUGUCAAGCGAAGGAUGGUGAUGGUGAUGGUGUUGCAGCCGAGACAUCAGAAACGCCAGAAGUUGUAGAAAAAUCUUAUGGUUCAGUGAUGCUGGAGAAAUUAACAGGGAGUGGAGAUGGGCGAAUAGAUCAUGUCCUGCAGGAUAAAACAUUUCAGCAUCAAUACAUAUCUGCUGUUGGAGCACAUACAAGUUAUUGGAAAGAUCUAGACACUGCUUUAUUUAUAUUGAAACAUUUAUAUCGAGACAUACCAGAUGAGCCCGAAACACCAGAUAAAUACAUGGAGGAUGAAACAAACCAAGAAACUGGUGACUGGAAAAGGUGGUUUAAUGAUGAAGAGGCAGCUGAGGAAGAGCUUCCAUUAACCUUUUCUAAUACGAAGUUUGUGAAAAAGUUCACUAGGAGAGCCAAAAGCUUCAUUGGCCCAUAACUUUUACUUGCAAAGAAACUGGUGGUUUUUGUAUGAAUGCCAUGAGAACAUCAUAGCUUGCAAGAAUAAGUGGUUCUAGAUAAAUUAUUAAAUUGUAAAUGUAAAUAUAUCAUCAUUGUAUGCACAUUUUGUCCGAAAGCUCAUUCUUGAAAACGUCGGAGUUCUUUUUGCAA